CCAAGGCACAGCACCAGGUCACGGGUUUCUGCAGCCAACAGCAGAGCCUGUCACCACUUCUGCUGGAAGGCUUUUCAGGGAGCUCUGAGUUUCAGAACAAGCAAGGGAAGAAGAAAUGGUAAGCAUCUUCUCCAGCCCUGGAGUGCGCACACUUUUACUUGGGACUACAUACUUCGUCCUGCCCUGCUCCUCGCAUGGUCAGAAAGGUGUUUGCUAGAAGCACUGUCAGGGCGGAGCACGCUGGAGAAAGCUGCAGACACUCCCUCUGAGGGCAUGUGCAGCCAAGGAGAGAGACAUUUCUGAGGACAAACAAGUGGGCAUGGGAGGACGCAAGAUGGCCAGGGAUGAAGAAAAUGCCUAUGGUUCCCAGGACCCGGACGACCAGCAGCCGCAGGCGCAGGAGCGCAGGCUCAGGCUCAUCCUGGCCGGCAGGACCGGAGUGGGCAAGAGCGCCACGGGCAACAGCAUCCUGGGCCACAGGCUCUUCCCGUCCAGGCUCGCGGCCACCCCGGUGACCAGAAGCUGCGCCCUGGGGAGCCGCAGCUGGGCCGGGUGGCGCGUGGAGGUCACCGACACCCCCGACCUCUUCACCGCCCAAGGCCGGCGCGCGGACCCGGACUGCACCGAGCGGGCCAGCUGCUACCUGCUCUCGGCGCCCGGGCCGCACGCGCUGCUGCUGGUCACGCAGCUGGGCCGCUUCACCGCCCAGGACGAGGAGGCGGCGCGCGGCGUCCGCGAGCUGUUCGGGGCCGGCGUCCUGGCGCGCGCCGUGCUCGUCUUCACGCGCCGGGAGGACCUGGAGGGGGGCUCGCUGCACGACUACGUGCGCGCCACCGACAACCGCGCGCUGCGGGCCCUGGUGGCCGAGUGCGGCGGCCGCGUGUGCGCCCUGGACAACCGGGCGGCGGGCGCCGAGCGCGAUGCGCAGGUGGGCGAGCUGCUGGCGCUGGUGGAGCGGCUGGCGCUGGAGCACGACGGCGCGCCCUUCACCGACGACGUGUACGGCCUGGCGUGGGCCCGGCGCCACGCGCGUCCCGAGGACACGCUCCGUCUGGUGGCCGCGCGGCUGGCGGCCCGCGGUCUGGGGCGGGGGUGGGGUCCGCAGUGGGGGCGGGGGCGGCGCUGGGUGGAGGCCGCAAGGCGGGGGUGGCCGCUGGCGCUCCUGCUGCUGGGGGGCGCACUGUUACUUGUCCUGCUGCUUCUCCAGCGGGGGGCUCCAGGCCCAGAUUGAAGGAGCUGCCCUUCCAAAUGCGGGGAGCCUGGCAGGUAAAGGGGCUGGGUCAAGGCGCUGAGGGGAACUUAAACCCAAUUUCAAAGGAAACGUGGAGUUUCAGACUGGGAGUCUUAAUGACUCAGGACGGCUUGGACACUGUAUCGACUUUGCAAAGGCUCAAGUUCACUUUUAGCAUUCAAAUGUCACUUUUGACUAUAUGUACACUAUUCAAAUAAAUAUGGUUAACUUUCAAA